AUGCUGAGGAGAGAAGUGCUUGGUUGUUGCAAGGUUUACAUAUCAGAAUCCCGGAAUAAGACAGCCCUUGAGAGAGCCUCUAAGCCUUUUCCACCAGCUCCCAUCGUCAACAAGUUUGAGGACUCCCUCAAAGAAGGCCGUCUUUGCAAUGGUCAAGACUGCUCGAGCUGCAUUCUGGAUCCCAUCCCCGCCUUGGAGUGGUCGACCACAUAUGCGUCUCAAACCUCCAUUCACCAAGUCUCUGCCCUUGCCAAUUCCUUAGCUAUGGAUAUUUGGAGCUGGAGCAGCUAUAACGUGCGGAGAAUGGCGAGGAAGGCGAGCGAGAGAGGAGGGGGCUUGCCUUCAGUGCAGACAAUGGCGCUGUUGCACGGGGAAGGAGUCAUAGAGGUCGCCUGUAACUUGUUGAAUCCAAGCCAAGUGGGAGGAGAUGAAGUUCAAACACUGAUCGACAAGCUUGGCACAGAGGAAGGUCUGCUUGUGGGCAGAGGGUAUUACACCGACUACACAGCCGACCAGAUCGCUCACAUAUAUAACGAUUUCCUCAUCAAAUCAUCAUGA